AUGGGGAUCAAGGCGUCCUCGCUGCGCGGUCUACUUCACCGGGCGCAUGCGCUGUUCCGGGCACUGUUGACCGACACGGGAUCGCCGGUGUACCUGCCGAAUGAGCUCGUGUCGGAUAUCCUCUCCAGGAUCCCAGAGAGGUCCGUGCGUCGGUUCCGGUGCGUGUCCAAGGAGUGGCAUGCCCUCGUCACCGCCCCCGCCUUCGUCGCAGCGCACAAGUCCCGCGCCGAGCCAUUCCUCGUCAUGUACUCCAAUCCCUCCGAGGGCCUGCGGCUGAUCGAUAUGGAUGGCAACGUCGUAAGGUUGAUCAGCGACAUGUGUGGGUGUUGGAGUCCGGUGUCCACGAGCCCCGAUGGCAUUCUAUGUGUCACCGGCUAUCUGGAUAGCUACCCGGGCAACGCUGUUUUUGCCGGGUUGAUCGACCUUGGCACCAUGGAGGCGGUUGUCACCCGCUUAGAAGACAAUAAAGCCUGGGGCUUCGGUCGUGCCAUCCCGUCAGACGCGUAUAAGAUUGUGCGUUUCCGAGACCACAUUAGGGGAUGCAAUUGUGAGGUUUACACAAUAGGGGGUGGUGACGGGUGGAGACGAAGGAAAUCACACCCAUUGCAUUACAAAUACGAUAGCUUUGAAAACUAUGCUGCUACGGUCAAUGGUGUGUUGUAUUUAUUGGCAAGGAAGAAGCCACAUGACAUGGACUAUGUACUCUGCUUUGACCUUGAGAGCGAGGAGUGGAAGAAUACUAUCAAAGGCCCAUCAAAUGUGGACAUCUGGGGGCAUGAUAUCAGCUUAGGCGAGCUCAAGGACACUUUGUAUAUGGCUGAAAAGAAGAACUGGGAAACCGAUCAUGGGUAUACAAACAUAUGGCUCCUGACUGAUUUUGAUACGAGUAUCUGGAUCAAGGCAUAUACGAUACCGUUGGAGCCAUCCAUGCUCCCAUAUGCUCCCAUGUUUUGUCGGAUGAUACCUUUGAGGGUGUUGCAUGACAGUUCAAAGCUGCUCUUCUACUACGGUUCUAGAUAUGUAUUAUUUGUGUUACGAGGAGCACAGUUACAAAUCUAUGACCCUCAUAAUGAGACAUCAUGCACAGAUGUGACAGAAAAACUGCUCGGUGACCAUGGCACCGUUGUCGGCUUUUGCAGCUCGCACUUGGAGCGUUUCGGCUCGGCAAAGAUCCAGCGCCCCAUAUCCUCUUUCCGCCACAUUUGA